GCCGUGCGUCUCCCGCAGCAGGGGUGAGUCAUCUCGUCCCGCCUCCACAAAUAUCCCCACCAUGGCUAGAGCAGCGCGCUUCGCAAUAUUCUGCUGUGCGUUGACAUCAUGCCGGGCGUUCCAUACCCCUGUCACCACGACAUCCGGACGCAUGUCGGUGAGGCGAGAAUCUUCUAGAGCUCAGCAAGAGUGCUACCGCAGCGGCCGAAGGCCUCGCUCCAGCUUGAGCAUGAAGAAGGAGGCAACAGCUGAGGGGGUGACUGAUGCUCCUGUCGUGGAGGAAGGCUCGGCCACUGCUACUGCUGCGAGCAAGGCGGACGGGACGCCGGAGAAGAAGAUGAUGAGUAAACAGGACCUCUACGAGAAACAACCCAAGCCGCAAAAGAAGAGGACACUGACCCCGCAGGAGCAACAGUACCUGGACAAGAUGGCGAGCGCGCCGAUCAUAUACAAGCGCAAUCCGGAGCAAGAGUUCUACCCGUCAGUCGGGUAUGAGAGCUCUUACCCGACCCUGGAAGAGUCUCUCAAGGAAGGUUACACCGGCGACAGCAUCGCCGUUGGCGAAGACGGCAAGGAGGAGGUCCUGAUGCGCGUCGUCGUGGUCGGGGGGAGGGAGGCGGAGGGGGAGUUCUUGAAGAAUUUGGCGGAGAAGGGGCGCGGAAAGCUGGUAGACGGGCUCUACGCGCUAUGGGACCCAAGGGAGGGCCCGGUGCCCGAAACAAUCGCAAACAUCGAUCUCAUCAACGUUCACGAGCUCGGCUUCGCCAAAAACCAGGAUCCGAAGGAGGUUGCAAAACACGCCUACUUCUUGGCGGCGAACAUGCUGGUGGCCGUCAGCAAGCACCCAUUGUACGGAGAUGACUUCGUCCCUCAGCUGAAGAAGGCCGCGCUAGACAACGGCGUGACCUUCGUGGGUCCUGACCUCGCAGCUGAGGUUGCCAGAGGCGACAUGGAAUCGUUCACCAAGUUGGUUGAGGCCACCAGAAAAGCUUUGGAGGAGGAUUAGCUUUUCUUUUCGGGGACCGACUUUGUUGGAUCGAGACAGAUGUACACGCAAACGUUUUGAUGCAGCCGAACACCCAACUUCUCUUGCCACGCAAUGGCGGGUCGCCAGGUCGGCAGAAGUGAUUGAGGUUGUAGUGGUCGUGAGUAGUGAGCUGCGUUGCUUGAUCAAGUAGUGAAACCAUUUCCCCGAAAAUGCAGGAUAGGGUCGGAUAUUUGAUAGAUAGAGGGGCGCUGUCAUCGCAAC